CCUGUUUUGCCACAUACCAAAAUCCAUUUUGCCACAUACAAAAAAAAUGCCACAUGCCAAAAUGAUUUUGCCACAUGCCAAAAUAAAUAAAUAAAUAAAUAGCCACAUACCAAAAUCCAUUUUGCCCCAUACCAAAAAAUGCCACAUGCCAACAUAUAUUUUGUCCCAUGGCUAAAAAAUGCCACAUGGCAAAAUCAAUUUCAUCACAUACAAAAAAAAAGCCUCAUGGCAAAAAAAAUGCCACAUGCAAAAAUCCAUUUUGCCACAUACCCCCCCAAAAAUGCCACAUGUCAAAAUCCAUUUUGCCACAAACUAAAAAAAUGCCACAUGCCAAAAUACAUUUUGCUACAUGGCAUAAAAAUGCCACAUUGCAAAAUACAUUUUGCCACAUACAAAAAAAAAAAAAAAAAAAAAACAUGCGAAAAUCAAUUUUGCCACAUACGAAAAACAUGCCACAUGGCAUAAACAUGCCAAAUGCCAAAAUCCACUUUUACCACUUUUCGUUCUUGGCCCUGCUGAAUAUUCAUUCAUGAGUGCAGAUUUCUAAAAGAAAACUAUACAUUUUGCCACAUGGAAAAAUCCAUUUUGCCACAUACCCAAAAAAAAUGCAUACAUACAUACAAAUUUUUCAUUCAUAAGUGCAGAUUUUUUUUAAAGAAAACUAUGUCUGGCUCACUGAAAGAAUGAUUUCUCUCUUUUUUAAAUGUAAAAGUUCAUUCAUUCAUUUUCCGAGCCGCUUGUCCUCACAAGGUUUGCGGGUAAAUGUAAAUGUAUUGUAAUGUAUUGAAAUGUAGGCUGUAACUGCCGGUGUAGGCUCAACCUGAUCUCUGUCCAUACAGUCAACCCACUAGAUGGCGGUAAUGCCCCAUGAUUCAAAAGGUGCUAAAAAAAAAAAAAAAAAAAAAGAAGAAGAAGAAGAACAACUUCCGCCCCGGUGCUACCUUGAGCAGUGAGCACAUUUUUUCCCCAAAAUGAUCAACAAAUUUUCCACAAAGUUUUGAACCGAUAAAACCCUCGACAAAACGGACAGUCCCCAGUGUUGGAAAUGUGUGAAAAGCCGUCAGAGGAGUACACGGAGGAGCUACUUUGUGGAAAAAAAGAGAUGGCGCUAGACCAACUAAACAUGGAGCCACGAGUUGUUUUACAGCAACUUACAGCUAUUCUCUCAGGUACCGACUGCCAUUCUUCCGACAGCGACGGUUACGAAUAUCGUGACGACGAGGAUUAUUCUUGUGAUGAAUUCAAGGACGACGACGAGGAUUAUUCUUGCAAUGAAUUUGAUGACGAUGACGCCGACGACAAAGACGACAGUCGUCUUUGUCGUCAGUGCGGGAAAACUUUGAAAAGCGUAUCUCUGAGGGGUCACAUGAAAACGCACGCCGCAGAGAAAGAUUUCAUCUGCUCGGUUUGCGGUAUACAAAUGACUACCAAGAGCAAUUUGAAACGCCACAUACUAACACACACAGGCGAAAAACCUUUUCUCUGUUCAGAGUGCGGUAAGUGCUUCGCUCUUGAACUCAAUUUUAAAAAGCACAUGAGAACACACACAGGAGAGAAACCGCACGAAUGCUUUGUUUGUCAUAGAAGAUUCGGCGAUAAGCAACAUCUGACAAACCACAUGAGAACGCACACCGGGGAGAAACCAUACGCUUGCCAACUUUGCGGUAAACGAUUCGCAUGCCGAGGCAGUUUUGUUCAACACCAAAAAGUGCACACUGGUGAGAAACCAUUUUACUGCGCAGCUUGUGGUAGAAGUUACACUAGGAAAGUGUAUUUCACAAACCACUCGUGUAGAGGAAAUGACGGAAAAGCAAAAUUGCACGGGAAAUUUUAAAAGAUUUUAAGCUCUUUUGAGACACGUGACAGAUGAAGCUCUGGAAAAAUACGGUACCAACUGGUAAAUUGUGAAAGUGUGUAAUGCUCAGUGUUGUCACUAACGCGUUACUGCAAUGUGAUUACCGUAUUGGCCCGAAUACAAGAUGGCCCCGAUUAUAAGACGACCCCCUUUUUCAAGAUUCAAGUUUGAAAAAAGACUUUUUGAACACCAAAUUCAUUUUUAUACAGAAAAUAAUUACAGUACAUCCGAAACAAAUGAUUAUAACAAUAUAUUUGAGAGAAAAAGCAUGUUAUUUUGCCUCAUUCAAAUCUUAAUAUCUGAACAUUUCAAUAUGUAAACUAAAGUGCAAUCACAUUUGUAAAUGAAUGGCUUCUGGUUUUUGAAAUGUAAAUAAACCAAUAUAUUGUGAUAAAACAACAGCAUUGCAAUAACUGCAUUAACCAUCAAGUGAAGUCUAACUGUAACUGUAGUCUUGAAACAAAUUUAAGUAAAACAGUGCAAUAAAAUAAUGCAAACUGGUUAAACUUGAGAGUAGCUGAGAUCUAUCAUGACAGAACAUCGCUUCAAUGAUAUCUGGCGCCAUCUAGCGUCAUGAAUGGGUAUAAUGUCUAGACCGCGAAUAUAAGACGACCCCCACUUUUUCAGUCUUAUUCAAUGCAAAAAAACACUGUCUUAUAUUCAGGCCAAUACGGUACUUUCUUUCAGUAACGAGUAAUCCAACGCUUUCAUUUUUCCAAACUAGUAAUGUGAUUAAAGUUAGUGUGCGUUACUAUAUUUAGGACCUGAGCACCAACUGGGAGAGACGGUGACAACCAAAAGUGGUAUUUGCCAUGUGGCAAAAUGGAUCUUGCCAUGUGGCAAUUUUUUUCCAUUUGGCAAUAUGGAUUUUGGCACAUGACAUUUUUUUUGCCAUGUGGCAAAUUUUUAUCCAUGUGGCAAAAUGAAUUUUGGCAUGUGGCCUUUUUUUUGCCAUGCCACAAAAUGAAUUUUGCAAUGUGGCAAAAUGGACUUUGCCCUGUGGCAUUUUUUCCCCCAUGUGGCAAAACGGAUUUUGCCAUGUGGCAUUUGUUUUUGCCAUUUGGCAAAAUGGAUUUUGCCAUGUGGCAGUUUUAUUUUGUCAUGUGGCAAAAAAAUUUUCCUUGUGGCAAAAUGGAUUUUGCCAUGUGGCAAAAUGGAUCUUGCCAUGUGGCAAAAUGGAUCUUGCCAUGUGGCAAUUUUUUCCAUUUGGCAUAAUGGAUUUUGGCACGUGGCAUUUUAUUUUUUUUUGCCAUGUGGCAAAAUGGAUUUUGCAAUGUGGCAAAAUUGAUUUUGUCAUGUGGCAUUUUUUUUUUUUUUGCCAUGUUUUUGCCACAUGGCAGAAUCCAUUUAGUGGCAAAAAUCCAUUUUGCCACAUGAAAAAAAAAGAAAUUGACACAUGGCAAAAAAAUGCCACAUGGCCAAAAAAAAUUGACACAUGGCAAAAUCCAUUUUGCCACAUGGCAUAUACCACUUUUGGUUCUCGCACCCUGCUGCUAACUGGCGCGAGAAUCCUAUUGAAAUGCAAAGCAUUUUUGCCAAUGGCAAAUGAAAAUUGCCAAUUUGGAGGCCUAACAUGCUCAAAAACUCACCAAAAUUUGCACAAUUUGCGUAAAAUUUGAUAAUUCUGCAACUUUGCGAAAUAAUGUAACGAAAUGUCUCAGUGUCGCACCCUAGAAUUUUUCAAACAUGCCUCUCCUAUUAGGUUUUUUUCAACGUAGAGUGAUGAAAUUUGGGGAGUUGAUACUCUUGCACCCUUGCUCCAAACCCAACAGGAAAUCGGGUAUUUUGGAUUAAAUGUGAAUUUUUUGUCGAUUUACAGGGUGCACAUUUGAGACAUUGGGGCCUAGGGAGUUUGUUGGAUACUCCUCAAAAUUGGUGAGACUGUUCAUGAGACAUAUGAGAUCUUGAGUUGUCAAAAUGGUGAGCUUUCAUUCGCUGGCCUGACCCGGUCGGGCUGCCAAAGACUGCCAUUUUUUACAUAGACCCUUUUUUUAAAAUGGUGUUUAUGUUUUAUUUUUUUGUUUAUCCGAUUACUCGAUUAUUCCAACUAAUUAGUUCAUCGAUUAAUCGAUAGCUGCAGCCCUAGUUUUGAAUAAGGGCGUGGCUGCACAGCUCAGUAGUGCCCACUUUUUUGUAGUACUGUCUCCAAUUGGGUUUUUUCUCCUAGUUGUGUGAAUGUAUUUCUUAUCUCAAAAAAGAGGUGAGUUUCGAGCAUGUUAGGUUCUCAUGAGAUGAUUAGAGGUAGACUAUCUGUCACCACCCUUACCUGAGUGCCGUCCGAGUUGCGUCAAAGUGCAAGGGCCCGUUCAGUCCUGCUUGCAGGCCUGGUGUUAUUUCUUACAUGCGGCUUCAGGUAAAUUCCAAUAAUUAGGCAACAUUAGGAAAAGACGUAACAAAAUGACUCAGGGACUUCCGGUUUAGACAAAACAACAUGAAGUGCGGUUGAAGCAAGCGGCGUGUUAAACUGCAAAAUCAAACCAGAGGAACCUACGGAAUCUCCAGCACGAUGUAGAUGAAGCUCCAGGACUUUCUUUGUUGUACGUUUGUUCUUAUCACUUCGUUGAUCGUUCGUGGACAAAAUACUAACAAGCUGUGCAGCCUGUGUUAACAUAAGGAGUAGUGACCAAAACGUGGCCAAAUUAAAAAUAUUCCAGUUGCUGAAUGCAGAAGGGCUGACCCAUAUUUUGUUGUUACAAAGAAAUACUACAAGGUAUUGUUCAUCAAUUUAGAUUAAUAUGUGCUCAUGAAACAUGUACAUAAAACACAAAGUAUGUUAUUCUUUUUUUAUUGCUGAUAUUGACCGCAAUAAAACUUUUG